AUGAUGGAAGCGCCCUGUGAUAUGUUUGUAUGCUAUAACGAGUGGGCGACCAAUAUGUUAAAGGUGCAGAUGACUACUGACUUUGUCUACGAGUAUGAGAAAGAGACGUAUAAUGUGGAACGAGGUGUCUAUUUAUCGGAAGAUAUCAUGCCACAUACAGAGAUAUUUAGUAUUCCAUUGGACGCGAUGCUGACGGUCAAGAGUCUGCAGACGAAUGAAGUGUUACAAAGGAUUGCGUUCUUUCAGCAGUUUAAUCCCGAGCAAGAGGACGAUCAACUUGCAAUUGCUUUACUCUAUGAGAAGUUUGUACUGGGAAGCAAAUCUAAAUGGUUCAAACAUAUUGAACUAUUACCUGAGACGUACCAUAACGUACUGUACUUUGAAGAGGAACAACUUCGGGCGUUAGAAGGCAGCAAUUUGUUUUAUAUUGCCCAGCAGAUGGAAAUGAAAGUAGCACAGGAUUAUGCAAGACUAAAAGAUUCCGUGUUGCUGGAUCUAUUUGAAAAUGUCACAGCAAGCGUCAAUAUCGAUCAGUUCGACGAGUUUUUUUCCUAUGACAACUACAAGUGGGCACUCUCGACGAUCUGGAGUCGCUUCGUAUCCUUACGUCUUCACGAAAAUUUAUUUUUGCUAAAGGAACACGCCGGAAUUACGGAAGAAAGCAGCACGCUGACGAUGAAAAGUAGCGGUGGCUUAACGACUAAGCAAUCAUUCAAGGCGAUGGUGCCCGUGUUUGACAUGUUGAACCACGACCCUGAAGCAGAGAUGUCCCACUUUUUCGAUACGGCGAGUCAACGAUUCAAGCUUGUAAGCCACCAACACUGGAAUGCGGGUGUUCAGAUGUUUAUUAAUUAUGGGCCUUUGUCGAAUCACAAAUUGCUGUCAUUGUAUGGCUUCGUGAUUAUUGGAAAUCAGUAUGACGCUGUGGAGAUGUGGCUGCCCAUGGACGAAGGGUCUACUAAGUUUUAUAAGGAAAAAGAACAAUUGCUUCGCUCAGGUGGACUGGAUCACGCCUCCAACGCAUUUGAACUUGUUGCAGACGAAAGCAACGACCUGCUGUUGAUUGCUGCUCGAAUCCAAGAGAUCAACUGCGAGACAACUGAGAAGCUUGAGGCACUAGCAGAUAGGGCGCUGAAUGGUGAGAUGGUGAGUUUAGAGAAUGAACAGGAGGCGCUGGCACGUCUGAUUUACACGCUUGAGAAGAUGCUGGAGGCUUUUCCAACUUCGAUCGAGGAAGACGACAAGUUGCUUGAGUUUUGGAAUAAUGACUUGGGUAAGCAAAGCGACAGCCUAAAUCACGAGUGGAUGGCUGUGGCUAUUCGCCGAUCAGAUAAACACAUUCUCACCGAAAACAUCAACAUGCUCAAAUGGAAACUGCUGGACAUUCUUCAAAAAGUUAAAUCUGGUCAGCGUGAAUGCACACCCGAUGUAAUGUAG